CUGUUUAGGCUCAACGCGCUCGCGGCGGCGGCUCGGCGUUCAAUUAAAUUAAGUGCAGCGGGUUCCCUUUUCGUUUCGUUGUUUUUUUUUUUUUUUUUUAUUAUUUUUCUCUUGUGGCAUGCCACACCACCGCAGAACGAGAUAUAUAUUCUCAAGUGCUGGCCAACUCAAGUGGCGAACAUGCCACUUAGGCAACGUUCUGAAAACGAGCCACGGCUGGGAUGGGAAAUACUCGAAAGGGGCAAGAGGAAAGUAAGGGAAGAAGAUCUCGAUCCCAGGGUAGUGUAGUAGACACAUUCAAUUGUUUUUUCAAUUUAUAUGUAUGUAUAUAUUGAUCACUCGAGAGAAAGAAAUGUGUAUGUGUCAGUGUGUUUGUUUGCGCCCCUUUUCCGUUCAUUGAUAGGCCAUUGGAAUUUAUGACUUCAUUCCCCUCCUCAGAAGAUCUUUUGUUCGUGUCACCAGCAAAUUGCUGUCCUCAAUUACGAGGGUUUCUCCUUUGUGGAUCUGGGAUCUAAUGAGUUUAACACUGGAAGAUGUAGGGAGUCUCCGAUUCGGGUUGCUUAAUACUUUAUCAAUUGUUGUCGAGGGAUCCGGGCGAUAUAGCUGAUUUGAUGGGUUAUGAUAUUUCGCAAGGGAGAAUGUUUUUGUCUUGCUUUUUUAUGUUAACUUUACUUAAAAAUCUAAUAAAAACAUGGCUUUAGGUUUAGUUGCCAACUUAAAAUUCUAAAAAUAUUUAAAACUAGCAAGGACAUUAGGUCAUUGAUCAGAUGUAAUGAAAUCAAAAUUCCACGUUGUAUUUAACAGAAAUAACAAACUAUAUAUAACUAUGACAAAAAUGUGGCGUGUUGAUUGCUUUCCCUAACUAGCUGUUUUAUAAUCUGAUAAAUAAAGAACAAGCCGAAAACAUUUAACGACUUUUAUGGCCUGAAACUAUAACUAUAUAAGCCACAAAAGGCUUCUCCAAACUAGUUACAUUUUGGCCAAGAUGCUACCACGUUCUCUGCUGCCACUUGUUGGAGGACUAUGGCUAAUAGUUUUGACAGUAGAUCAAUGUAGUGGCAAGCGAAAAUGGGAAUACGAGCCGCUGUCUAUUGAGACCUACACUACGGAUGAAAGCAAGCUGAAAAUUGAGGCUAAAAUUGAUAGAAUUGGUCGUGGGGAAUAUGGCAUUUCGGCCAAUAUUGAAUUUAAGUACGAAGCCGAUGAUAAUACCAUGGUUGAAGCUUCCGCCUAUCGAAGCAGUUCUGGUGAGGAGAACGAUUACAAGGUUAUUCCUUUGAGCAUCCCAAAACAACACUAUAUCGACUUCAUGAACAGUCACUACAAGGAUGUGGUAAUACCCAACCUGGGCGGUUGCUCCAAUCUCGUGACGUUUGAUGAUAAAUUUGAGCCACCAUGGCCACAGAAGACAUACGUAUUGGACAAGUGUGUGGCCGAUAGUGACGGCUUUCCGGACAUAGUUCCCGAGGGCUACUACAAGGUCAACUUUACCAUGAUGGGUCCCGUGGAUUGGGGAUUCAUUCUUAUCGUCAAGAUCUCUACCAAACUUAUGUGAACUUCCUACUAUAUAUUUUUCUAUUAUCAAAUGUAAUAUCAGUAUGUAGCAUAUGUAGGAAGUUUAAAAAAAAAAAAAGGUUUAAUUCCAAUAAAAUCAGCUUCAAAGACAUUAUAAA